AUGAAACUCAGCCAGCUUUUAAGAUGGUCAACAACAGACGGUAAACAUCUUUUAAUGAGAUUAUUUUAUUUCACAUACAUCCCAAUUAUUUUGAUUUUAGGUAUAUUAAAUAUAUCAUACAAUUAGGAUAUAAAUCAAUGAACAUUUAGGCAUUAUUCCCUCAAUUAGCAUCUAAAUAGUGA